UGUUAAGAUUCUCAAGGCUAAGUACAGAAAAUCCCGUAGAUUCCAUUAUAUAACGUGUGGUUUUUCGUCGCAAGCAGAACUCAGCAGAGAUAUGGAGCUCAAGGCCCAAGAGAUCGAUUCUUUCAAGGACCAAAUGACUUCUGAUAAGGCAAUGGUUGACAGAGAACCACCAUCUUCUGCGAGCCAGUCCUUUAGAAGGAAGGAUGAACUGUCAUGGGUUAAGAACAACGUGGCUAGGAUCUUGGAAUCUCUUAAUCGGGACAAUGUGAAGAAAAUUGGGAUAUGGGCAUUUGCAGGGAGGGGCAAAUCUACUAUUAUGGAGAGCCUGAAUGCUAAAGCUCACGAAACUGGCUUGUUUCAACAUGUCAUUUUUGUAAAAGUUGAAGAGAAGGAUACAGAGGAAAAGAUACGACAAAGCAUUUUAGAGCAGUUGAACUUGAAACUGAGUGUGGGGGAAGUCAGAACUUCACACCGAGUUGCACUUACAAUAUCUAAUGCUCUGCACAACAAGAAGUAUUUGCUGAUGCUUGAUCAAGUUUCCCAGGAAAUUGAUCUCAAGGAAUUGGGAAUUUAUGACAACCAUGAUGGUGGGCAAGUGGUGGUGGCUGCAAGAUACAAAGCCGUUUGUGACAAGAUGAAUAUGGAGGAGUCCUGGGAACUAGAACCAAUGUCUGAAAGAGACGCAUUGGUGUUGUUCCGACAAAUUGUAGGUGGAGCAGCAGACUAUCAGCGCAAUAAACACGAUGCUGAAUUGAUUGUGAAAGAGUGUGGAGGGAUACCACUAUUGAUAAAUGCUGUAGCUACAUAUUUGAAAAGUGAAGGAAAUGACCAGGUAUGGUCAGAUUGUUUGUCGAAGUUGCAGUCAUCCACAUAUGAUGAUGAUUUGGGACCCUUCAGCGAAUCAUAUAAUGUCUUCAAACUUGUGUAUGAUAAAUUAAGUGAUUACAGGAAAAAAUGCUUCUUGUAUGGGGCGUUGUAUCCCCUAGAUCAUGAGAUCUAUGAAGAUCAUUUGAUAGAGUGCUGGAGGGCUGAACAAUUUAUUCCUGCUUCUGGAGGGAGUAAUAAUGAGCAAGUAUUUAGGAGGGCACGCCAUGAAGGACAUGCUACAAUGAAGUGUCUUAUAAACGCAUGUUUACUGAAGAGGUGUACGAAAGUGAAAUAUGUUAGUAUUCCCAAUUUAUUCAGAAACUGGGCUUUAAAGACAGAUGAAGGGCUCUCCUCACUGGUUAUACCGGGCAAUGGUGUGGGUAUGUGUAAGGAUCCAAAAUGGAUUUCACUCAGGUGCAAUGACUUGAGAACUUCACUUACAAAGGUAAGUUUCCAUACCGUCACCACCUUGUUUCUCCAGAGGAAUGAAAGUUUGGAACAGAUUAUGGAUCUUAUUUUUGUUCUCAAGAGUAAGCUUCAAGUUCUGGACUUGGGUUAUACUGGUAUCAAGACACUUCCAUCUUCUAUCUCCAAGUUAAUUAACCUGAAAGCGCUAUAUCUCAACAAUUGUAAUGACUUGGUUGAACUACCUGCCAAAAUAAAAGAACUCAAGUAUGUAGAAAUCCUCGACAUUUGUCAAACUGGAAUUUCUCAUUGGCCUGAUGAAAUAGGAAAUAUGACUGGUCUCAGGUGUUUGAGAGUUUCAUUUAUCAGAAAUGCUGGUAAUCACCAGAAUUUUGAUGUCCAACCAAGGAAUUUAAUUGCAAGGCUCUCUUUUCUGGAAGAAUUGGCUAUUCUUGUUGAUGAAGAUUCUCAAGACCAGUGGAAUAAUGUUGCGCAGGAAAUUGCCAUGGAGGUGGCCAGUUUGAAGUUUUUAACCACCCUUCAUAUCUACUUUCCAAGUGUAAAGUGCCUCGAUGCCUUCAUCAGGGAAAGUAAGUCAUGGAAUGAGAAAAAUGGUCAAUGGGGAGAAAAAACUUUCAGAUCCUUUAAAAUUACAGUUGGUUCUUCCUGGAAGCAUCGUGAAAUAGACACGAAUGAACAUAAAGCUGAACGAUAUUUAAAAUUUUUUGCUUACAAUGAACCUUCAGAUGAUGAUGGAGCUUUUUGCACAAUUUCAGAGGUUCUAAAACAAGCCUGCACCUUUGAAUUGAUUGGCCAUAAAGCCAUUGAAGAUUUAUCUGGAUUUGGCAUCAAUAACAUGGCAGGGUUGAAGGUAUGCGCAAUUCAGGACUGCAGUCAAAUGAAGACCGUCAUUAGCGGCAACAAUCAAAGUGCUGCUGCACUAAAGGAGUUAAAACAACUGCAUUUAAUCAAUUUAGGGAAGUUAACUAGUAUCUGCGAUGGCUCGAUGGGGAAGGAAAAUUUUGCUAGUUUAACUACUCUUAUAAUAAGCAAUUGUCAAGCGUUGGUUGUAAUUCUAUCAAUCAAGAUGAUUCAGCAAAUUACUCUAUUGGAGCAUUUACGAGUGGAGAAUUGUUCAACAACAACACAUAUAAUUGGAGUUAGUGAGCAGGAUGGGAACAACCCAACUCUUUUGCUCCCCAAGCUGAAAAGCUUGCAGCUGGUCAAUCUAUCAAUGUUGCAAAAUAUUUGUCAAAAUGUCACAUUGAAGUGGCCUUCCUUGCGAGCAAUGGAGAUUGAUCAGUGUGGGAUGCUACGAAGUUUACCUUUAAGCCUGAACAACACUGAGAAUCUAAGACUGAUCAGAUGCCAUGAAUCCUGGUGGAAUCAGUUGAAUCUUGAAUCUGAUAUCAAAAAUCAAUAUCAACCAUGCUGCCAAUUCAUUUCAAGACUUGAGAUCGUUGAAGAAAUCCCCUGACAAGUAAAGAAGAGGCUCUGAUGUUUUAUCAUGACUUGUGCUAAAAAAGAACUGGAAAAAGCAGAGUUAUAUAUGAGCAUCCGACACAUGACAGCAGAUUCACAAUCCCACAGAUGAAUUUGUUCAAAAUUUUAUGCAAAUCUUAUCAGUCAGUACCCGGGAAAGGGGAGCUUCGUGAUUUUAAUUUCAUUUCCAUCUUUGAAUGGUUAAGAAUACAAGUCUUACUAUAUAACUGUGGUGGAUAUUGAAGGGCUGAAGGCGUACCUGCAUAGCCUAGUGCUGCAGAAUGGAUGAACCAUAUUUCAUGGUAAAAUUUUAUUUGAGGUUAGAUAUCUCUUAUUAUGCAGAAAAUCAUCUAUCUUUGCAAAGUAUUUUAUUUCUCUUCAGUUUGUAACAUGUAACAAUAAAAAUCAAAUGACUUUUC